AUGCCGACGGUCUUACUGCCCUCGUCCGCCGCGGCCUUUGCGCCACGAGCGUCGCCGAAUGUGGUUCUCACCCGCAAGGUCGCGCCGUGGUUGACGGCGACAUUAAAGCGAGUGAACCGGGUCAAGCGCCCACUGAACAACGUCACCCAGCACACCCGGUGCCUAACGGAGACUCUGUCGUCGACAAAUGCGAUCUGGACGCUGUGCUCGAUGAUGUUCACGAAAGCGCCCGAAUCGGAGCUACGGAAGGAUGAGAAUCCUCUGGUCGAGGGUUUGUUCAAUUACCAAAUGAUUCAUAUCGAGGCUUACGUGGUGCAUGUUGAUAUGGUCUCGCGGAACGAGGUGGCUUUCAAACUGACUCCAGAAACGAUCGAGUCGCUGGUCGACUUCCACAAGGAUAUUUACUCCAAGGAUGCUGCCGCAAACACGUGGGACUGGUCUGGUAAGCAGGUGCAGUUGAAGAAGUUGCAAGAGGAAUUUGUUCAGGCCGCCAACAAGUUCGUGUACCGAACCGAUGCCGAAGCUCUAGAGGGACUGGAGGACGAUGGCGCCGGGGAGCUCCUGUUUGGUCGAAGCGAGGAUGCUAAAGCCGCAAUCUCGGCGCUCUUCGUGCCUCUCUUGCCCCCGCCACCUCGUGUGGUCGACGUUGUACGCCCGGUGCCUCUGCUGCCUAGCUCAACCGGCCCAGAAACCUGGUGGAGUACUCCGAUGCCUCCUGCAGCUCCGUUGGAGUGGAAACUCGUGCCGUCUAGCCCCUCGCCAGCGUGCACCGAGGAGUCCAACCCAAACCUGUGGGCCAGCAUUGCCUUUACCGAAGCUCAGCUGCCAUCGCCGACACCCUCGUACAGCAUGCCUCUCACCACCGCGCCGUACUCCACGUAUGAUAUGAGUAUGGCACCGACCUCGGCCGGCGUUGCGUCACUUCCACUACCGAGUAUGCUCGUGCAGCCUUGCAGUACAGCUGCCAGUAUGGCAGGCUUCGGCGGGUUUGGCGGCUGGGGGGAAUUCGCUCCCUUGCCAUAUGGGAUGAUCAUGUAG